AUGGACGGUGCUCUUGAGGCGCAGUAUGCCAUCGCUACGGGUAAGCUCUUGUCACUCUCCGAGCAGCAGCUUAUCGAUUGUAGUUCCAGCUAUGGGAAUGAGGGUUGUAGCGGAGGACUCAUGGAGAAUGCUUAUACAUACAUAAAGUCAGCUGGCCUCGAUCAAGAGUCAACCUAUCCUUAUAUUGCUAAAAACAACGCCUGUCAAGUCCCUCUUGAGAAACGGUCUGACGGCAUCCCGGCUGGGGAGGUUACCGGCUUUCACAUGCUAGAUCAGACCGAGCAGGGCUUGAUGAAAGCGCUGGCGGAUGCUCCGGUCUCCAUCGCCAUGUAUGCCUCGGAUCCCGAUUUCCGCUUCUACCAAUCCGGAGUGUAUUCGUCUAAAACCUGUCAUGGACGUAUUGAUCACGGUGUUGUGGCGGUUGGUUAUGGCACCGAGAAUGGAGAAGAUUACUUUGUUAUCAGAAAUUCUUGGGGAUCCUCUUGGGGCCAAGAUGGAUACUUCUAUUUGAAGCGAGGAGUUUCUGGUUACGGUGAAUGCAACAUACUCGAGUAUAUGUGUGUUGCGACGCUCAAGUCUCACUAA